CUUUAGAACUUGAUGAAUCAGCUUGUUCAGUUUACCAAUUGGUACAUCCAUGGCUUCCCUUAAUUAAGCUUUAUAAUAUAAUAACCAUGAAGUACAACUUUCAUAUGCAAAUGUUUUCGACAAAAAGCUCUCGAACCUAUUUCAAUCAUUAUAUUAUGAAUUAUUUGACUCAUGUUAUGAUUCACUAUACAUUGCUUCAGUCCCUCAUUUUCAAACUUUGCACUUGCUUGGACACCAUAUCUAUAAAUACCCAGCCCAUCAGAGACAUAGACGGUGACGUAUUAAUCUCCAGUGGAGGAACUUUUGCACUCGGAUUCUUCAACAAAGCAAAUUACCACUAUGUUGGAAUUUGGUAUCACAAAAUUCCAGGGCAAACAGUUGUCUGGGUUGCUAACAGAGACAGACCUAUAAACGAUUCAUCUGGCUUUCUCUCCAUUGAUACUACAAGUGGAAACCUUGUACUCUACAAAACAAGCAGGAUUAAUCAAACAGUUGAGGUUGUAUGGUCCACAAAUUCUUCUUCAGCAUGUUCACCAGCAAGUGACUGUGUAGCUCAGCUAUUGGAUUCAGGCAACCUUUUUUUGCUCCAUAACAUCAAUAAACAGGUUAUAUGGCAGAGUUUUGACUACCCCACUAACACAAGGCUUUCAAACAUGAAACUUGGGAUAGAUCUAAGAACUGGAGUGAAUAGAUUCCUGACAUCUUGGAAGUCUGAUCAAGAUGAUCCAGGAACAGGAAAUUACUCUUACAGGAUUGUCCCAGGUGGGUCCCCUCAGCUGAUCUUGUACAAAGGUCAGAUUCCAUCGUGGCGAGCAGGUCACUGGAAUGGGAUUAGAUGGAGUGGUAUACCUGCCAUGACCGGUAAAUUCCUCUUCCAUGUGGGUUUUGUUAAUGACAACAAUGAGAUCAGUGAUAUGUGGGGUGUGUCCGAUUUGUCAAUCUUGUCCCGACUUGUUCUAAAUGAGUCUGGAGUGCUUCAAAUGUUUAUAUGGUACAAGGGAGCUGAGCAAGGAUGGAAUGAAAUGUGGUCAGCACCAACGGAUCGCUGUGACCAAUAUGGACGUUGCAGUGCAUUUGGUCUUUGUGAUAGUAGCAAUGCUGCACGGUUUGAGUGCAUUUGCUUGCCAGGAUACGAACCCAGGUCUCCUACUCAAUGGUACAUGAGAGAUGCAAACCAUGGCUGUGUAAGGAAGCCAGGGUCAUCGAUUUGCAGCAAAGGUGAAGGCUUUGUUAAGGUGACAAAUGUUAAGGUUCCUGAUACUUCUAAUGUCACUGUGAUUAGUAGCAGUUUGAGCUUGAAAGCAUGCAAGAAGGAGUGCUUGAGGAACUGCAAUUGCACAGCUUAUGCCAGUGCUAAUAUUAGUAAAGGAGGGAGUGGAUGUAUACUAUGGCACGGGAAUUUGACUGAUACCAGAAAGUUCACAUCUGAUGGUGGUCAAGAUUUAUACAUUCGCGUUGAUGAGCAAGAAUUAGCCCAAUAUGCCAAGAAACCAAACAGUAUGCUUGCCAGUAAGAGGACUCGUAUCAUUUUGGUAGUCUCUUGUGUCACAAUUUUCUUCAGCAUCACUUUCUUUGCGUAUUGGUUUUGCAAGAGGAAAAGAAAAGAAUCAUCCAAGGAGAAGAAGCUUGAUGAGAGUGAAAGACAUUCAGAUUUACCAUUUUUUGAUCUAAGAACCUUAAUUACUGCAACGGACAAUUUCUCUGCUACAAAAAAGCUUGGACAAGGUGGAUUUGGUUCAGUCUAUAAGGGUCAACUAGUUAAUGGACAGGAGAUAGCCGUGAAAAGAUUAUCAAAACAUUCAGGACAAGGAAUGGAAGAGUUUAAGAACGAAGUCACACUGAUAGCAAAACUACAGCACAGAAAUCUUGUGAGGCUUUUGGGUUGUUGCAUCCAUAAGGAAGAAAAGAUGUUAAUAUACGAAUACUUGCCGAACAAAAGCUUGGACUACUUCAUAUUUGAUGCAUCAAGAAGGUCCCAUUUGGACUGGACAAAGCGGUUCGAAAUUGUUAUUGGAAUUGCUAGAGGGAUCUUAUAUCUUCAUCAAGAUUCAAGGCUGAAAAUCAUCCACAGGGAUCUAAAAGCUAGCAAUGUUUUACUAGAUUCUGCAAUGAAUCCAAAAAUUUCAGAUUUUGGAAUGGCUAGGAUGUUUGGAGAAGACCAAAUCCAGGAAAAUACAAAAAGAGUAGUUGGUACAUAG